GCCAACUUUGAAAAAUCAAAUGUCAAACAACAAAAACAAACAUAUAUAAGAGAAAAACACCUUAGUCAUGAAAAUAAAAAUCAUUUCUCAUUUUUCUUCUAUGAUUUCUCCUAUGAAUGAUGAUCACAUUCACAUGACCACCUUCACCUCCUUGUUCUUGUUCUUGACAAUUUUUCCAACAACAAUUUGCCAACAACAACAUAACAAACAUGUAGAUUGUCUCAAACCAUACACAUGUGGUGAAGUAUCCAACAUAUAUUAUCCAUUUUGGGGACAAAAUAGACCAAGUUACUGUGGCAUCAACAGUGAUCAAUUCCAUCUCAAAUGCGACACUCAUCAUCGAAACACUUCCAUUCAAAUUGCUUCACAAAAUUUCCAAGUCUUAUACAUUAAUCAAUUUGUUUACACCAUGACAAUGUUUCGAAAAGGACUUGUUUAUGAUAAUUGUUCUUCUGCUUUAACCAACACUUCUUUAGAUUCAAGUCACUUUCAUUAUAUGUCUAAUGUGAGGAACAUCACUAUUUUAUAUAACUGUGCUAAUGACAUCAAGAUUCCGAAUGGCGCGAACAUGAACUCGUUUUCGUGCAAGGAGGAUUCGAGCAAGCGCGCUUUUUAUACGGAUUCUGAAACAGCAGAGGGUGUUAAAUGCGAAGGAGUUCGUGUUGAUGUUCAGGUGACAAAGGAAGUGGAACUUGGUGGUGGAAUUGAAGGGCUGAACAAGGCUUUGAGCAGAGGAUUUGAUGUGGAAUAUGUUGCAGAUACUCAAAAAUGCUUAAAAUGUGUUUUAAGUAAUGGAACUUGUGGAGGGAAUGAUAUGUCUCAGUUUUCAUGUUAUUGUCCUGAUGGAACUGAAGGUUUAGAUUGUUCUUAUCGCCGCGAGAAUAGAUGGAAUUGGAAAAGAAAGGUUGCUGUAGGAGUUUCUGCUGCUGCUGUGGUCAGUGCAGUUUCUGUAGGCAUUGCUUUCUACCUCUACUAUUAUUGCAGAAAGAAGAAAAAGAAUGUUCAUGCAGUAUCCUCUACUGCACUAUCUUACUGUGAUUCUGGUUCUGGUUCAAAAGUCGCUGAAAAUGGAGGUAGAUAUCUUGGAGUCCACUUCUUCACCUAUAGUGAACUUGAAAAGGCCACAAACAACUUUGAUUCUACCAGAGCACUAGGAGAUGGAGGCUUUGGCACAGUCUAUUUUGGAAAACUCCGGGACGGGCGUUUGAUUGCGGUGAAACGCAUGUAUGAGAAUAACUACAGAAGAGUUGAGCAAUUUGUGAAUGAAGUUGAGAUCUUAACUCGUUUACACCAUCAAAAUCUUGUGUUAUUAUACGGGUGCACUUCACGCCACAGCCGCGAACUUCUGCUUGUAUAUGAAUAUGUCCCUAAUGGAACUGUUGCUGAUCAUCUUCAUGGUUCAAAAGCAAAACCUGGCAUGUUACCUUGGCCUAUCAGAAUGAACAUUGCAAUAGAAACUGCUAGUGCAUUGGUGUAUCUUCAUGCAACUGACAUCAUCCAUAGAGAUGUGAAAACCAACAACAUUCUACUGGACAAUCAUUUCAGUGUCAAAGUAGCCGAUUUUGGACUUUCGCGUCUUUUCCCAAACCAUGUCACGCACAUUUCAACCGCUCCACAAGGGACUCCUGGUUACGUCGAUCCGGAGUAUCAUUUGUACUAUCAGCUUACCGAUAAAAGCGAUGUAUUUAGCUUUGGAGUUGUGCUGAUUGAGUUGAUAUCAUCAAUGCCUGCUGUUGAUAUAUUUCGGAACAAGCAAGAAAUCAAUUUGUCUAACAUGGCUAUCAAGAAGAUUCAAAAUGGAACAUUGCAUGAGCUUGUUGACCCUACACUUGGUUUUGAGUCAGAUUUCAAGAUAAGGAAAAUGAUCAAUGCGGUCGCGGAGUUAGCAUUUCAGUGUUUGCAGAGUUCUAAAGAUGUUAGGCCUUCUAUGGUAGAAGUGAUGGAAAGGCUUAAAGAUAUUCAGAGUGAUGAUGGAACAAGUAAAUGUAAACCUGAGGUGUUGGAUAUUUCAGGAGAUGAUGAUAGUGCUUUGGUCAAGAAUGAACCACCUCCAUCAUCACCAGAUUCAAACAUCAAUACUUUUCCUUGAAUAUCAUCCAUGCAUGUCAUUAAUUUACAUUAUAUCCACGUAGAUAUUACUUUUAUUUUCCCA